CAUACACAGGAUCGACAACCUUCACAGUCCAUAAAUGUUAUCCUUAGACCGAGGAAGCGGUUCACUGUAUCCCGAAUGCAUGCAGUAUCGUAGAGAAUGACGCGUUCUCCGAUGUACCCUCGGAAGAGACGCCUCCAACCCUGACGCUAUCGUUCAUCCAUACAGGUACAUCAACACUAUGAAAUGACUGCUAACCAUUCCUGUAUCUUCAUACGGAUGAGAACGUGUUAGCAUCCUUUAGUCUGCUUUACACUGGAAUAUAUAUCAGGUGGCUGUGUGAUUAGGUUUAAUUAUACGUCAACUUUAGGCUCGAAUGCUGUCCCCAAUAUCAUAUUUACAUCACACUCGUAAGAGAUAAGAAGGUGUGUGGUGCGUACAAUAAUCCUGUUUCUUCACUCAUCGAACAUGGAGUAUUCGGCGGACGAUAUCGCAGUGGCUACGAGUCUGCAGCUAUUAGCGUACCUAUACGCCUCGAUCGCGACGUUCUGGACCUAUGAUUAUGCUUGUUCACUUCAUGAAGAGUGGAAAUUCCUUGUCCGGUCGCGCUGGACCAAAGUAAAAGCUCUCUAUAUCAUUACACGAUAUCUCCCAUUUGGUCUCAUCACCAUGUACCUAUGUCUGAAUUUCACCCUGAACGAGAGCCCCAACAAAUGCCGGACUUUAAUCAAUAUUUACUCAUCUUUCUGCCAGAUAUCACUCAUCUGCUCUGAAUGCAUUUUUGUGCUCAGAACAUAUGUGCUCUGGAACAACAAUAGGGUCGUACUCGUAGGCAUGCUGUCCGCCAUCUUUGCUGUUAUCGUAACAUCCACCAGCAUUCGUUUUACCGCUGUUGCCACCUCAUAUGUUACGACUAGCGCGGUACCAGGAAUCCUAGGCUGCUACUGGAGCAUGAGCAGUACCCGAUACUUCAUAUCGUUUAUCCUCUUGUUUGUGUUUCAACUGGUACUGGUCUCCCUCACACUUGUACGUGUCAUACAGAGCUGGCGGUUGGCUAAGGGCCAUCUUCAUGAUAUCCUGUUGAAGCACAACAUAUAUUACUAUGUAUGCGGUCUUUUUCUCUCAGCCGUGAACUUUCUCGUGCCGAUACUAUUAUCCGAUUCCGCAUACUAUACCGUCCUCGAAGACUUUCAGGUCUUUAUCCUUGCGAUCCUCGCCACGCGCAUGCACCUCUAUCUCUGGCAUGUCGACCGGGACGUGCACGGCUCUGACGCCCUCAUAUGCAUUUCUAUGUCCGACAUGUCAUUUACAAACCCAAACCGUACAGUGUGACGUCUCAUCGUGGCAUACUCGUCGUUGGUGGAGUGAUGUUUUGGCUACGAGAUGACUGGUCGGGGUGGCUUG